AUGCACAAGAAGUUCUACAGUAAUUCGAUUUCUCAUCUUCCAAAUGCAGAUCAAAUUUCGUUUAUUGAGCCUGUAAGGUAUAAAAUUACGCUACCAGUGUACUGCCUUUCACUAUUCAAAAGUCCUACUUGGAAACCAAAUGCUCCUGGUAUAUUAUAUGUUACUGAUUUCACGUCAAACGAAGAAACCGCUUUUUAUAGAAGUGUUCUACCACAAAAUGUUAGUAUAAAUUUUCAGAUAGAAAAGCCAAUUGACUCUAAUAAGAUAUUAUCUAUUGGCGUUCCGUCUCAUUUAAUGGAGAAAGUAUCUAAUGAAUUGUCAAGAACAAAUACGAGUAUGAAAGAUUAUAACUUCAAUAGUCCCGAUAAUUGUCAAUUUGAAUCUGAAGGAAUAUUUGCAAGAGUUGUAUUUAUAUUGAAAUUGUAUAGAGGAUGUAUAGAAGGCAGUCUUGUUACAUUAGUUACACUUGACAGAGAUAAUAUUCCGGUAUUCUAUUCAGAAGACAAGAAACUUGAUGAGUUGGUUUCUAGGUAUAUGGAAUAUUCUAGUCCAGAGAUAUGUGACAGUAUAGUACCACACUUUCCGAUAGGAAACUUGGGGUCUCUCGGUGAUUACAAGCGGCGGUUUGAGCCUGAAAUCGAAACCCCUUCGUCGAAAUUGUCUAAUGAACCUCCCUCAAAAGUACAGAAGGUUCCAAAUGGUGUAAGCCUUGCAUUUCACCAGCACAAAAGUUUCGAUGAUACGCAAAAGCCAAUUACAACAAGUACACAGCCAUAUGGUAGCGAUGACGUGCCGUCGUCAUUAUGCAAUAAUACCCAGGCAUCACAAAACUUAGAUUUCAAGACCAAUUCCUUCGACGACUUUUUAGUGAAUAAGGUGACGGUGGACCAACUACUUAAAAUUCCUCUCAACCUCGCCGAUAUAAAAAAAGGAACCACGUUUGAAGUUGAUGCCUACAUCAAGGGGAUACUACCAUUUGACCGAUUUGUCGUUAAGCCAUUCAAGAGAACUCUAAAAGUCACUCCUUUCAAAUUAAUUCUAUCUGAUAAUUUGCCUAAUUCGGCAUUAUCUGCCACUAAUACUCUAGUACUCGAAUUCAAUACUGAAGAAGAAAUAUGCCAUUUCCUCAGUAUGAGCGAAGUAGAAGAGAUGUAUGACAGUAUAAAAGAAAUUGAAUGGGCAAUGGACAAACUAUUAUCUACUACAUCGAAUAUAAGGGGUUUACGAAUUAAAAGAUCGCUUUCCACAGUUGAUAAAGGAUUUUUGCGGCCAUAUUGGACUUGUUCAAAUAAUUUAAAUGACUUAAUACACCAAGGCUAA